AUGAGCAAUGGAGCUUACUGCACAAUGUUGACGAAGAACUUGAAGGAGAUGCAUUUCCCAGCAGCCGGGACAGUGGGUUCUGCAGCGGAAGAAAUGUAG